UAAAGAAGCACCUGCAUUCUCCCAGCCUUGUCCAGCCAUCAUUCAAAAUGAGCAAGAUCAUUGUUUUUACAAAAGAGGGGUUCACCGGCAGAACAGCUGAAUUCAAGAACAAUGUCCAUGACCUAGAGGAAAAGGGCUUCAACAACGCCAUCUCGUCUUUGAAAGUUAUCGGUGUGCCAUGGGUAGCAUAUUAUGAAAAUAAUUUUGUUGGAAAGCAACGGGUGUUUGAGGAAGGAGAGUACCCUACCCUUGAUGACAAAGGAAGAUUUUCUUCCCUACGGAUGAUCACAGAUGACCUGGACGACCCUGAAAUCCAGCUGUUUGAGCACAUCAAUUACAAAGGAAGGGAAGUGACCCUACGAGAGGAAACCAAUCUUCAGGCAAUCGCUUUCAGCGACAUAGCUUCUUCCCACAAAGUGAAAGGUGGUGUCUGGGUGCUGUACGGGGGUGUCAAUCGCCAGGGCUCCCAGCUUGUUUCCUUCCCUGGGGAUAAUGUUCCCAAUUAUGUCAAGAUCUCCUUCAAUGAUGUGGCCAGCCAUGUGCGCCCCUUGCUGCCAAAGAAAAAUUAGAAAGCAUCAUUCAAAGUACGCUUGCUGCAGCUGAAUAUGAACUGGAACCCUUUGGAAAGCAUCAGGCUGCUGGCGGGGAAAGACUCACCUUGAGAGAACUGUUAAGACAAGAAACAAUGACUGUGACUAAUUCUCUGUAAUACUGUACGUCUGCAGAAACUUUAACAUAAUGAAACCAGACUGCAAAUAAUCAUUUGAUAUCUGUGUAAAGACAUGCAUGUUAAUUUGGCAAAUGUUAUGUAACAAGGAUGAAUAUGUUUUAGCCAAAGUUUUUAAGUUUCUGUUUGUCUUUUCAGAUAGAGUGAUCAGUGCCAGUAAACAUAUGCAGUAAAAUAUAGUUUUGGAAUUGUCACAGAUCUACUACAGAUCACAUUGUGAAUGUCAGGCAGUGAAGCUAUGCUGUGUUAUUUCCCCUGUUUGACUUAAAUUAGUGGAAAGGUUUCUGGAAUUAUAUUUUGCUCAGUAAGUGACAAUAAAUGGUGUUUCAGUCUAUAAUGUCUUUUCUAGAGGUAACUCAGAAAAUAAAGACUCUUAAAUAUCUGAA